UUUCAUUACAUCAAGAGAGAUGGAAAAGGGAUUAAGUAUGAAAGGCAACAAGGUUGAUGAUCAAAUGGAACUCAUCUCUCACUUCUAUCCUCAAAUUUACUCCCAACUAGCACAACAACAAGAAGAGACGGUGAAACCGCGAAGGAGAAGGAGGAAGAACAAAGAUGAAGGGAGAGACAACACUAGCGAAGUUUUGAUGAGGAAGAGGAAGUUGCUAAGUGAAGAACAAGUUAAUCUUCUUGAACGAAGUUUCGGGGACCAACACAAGCUAGAGACGGAGAGGAAGGCCAAGCUUGCUUCUGAGGUUGGCCUUGAUCCACAUCAAGUCGCGGUGUGGUUCCAAAACAGGAGGGCUAGAUGGAAGAACAGGAAACUCGAGGAGGAAUACUCCAAGUUAAAAACUCAACAUGAGGAUACCAUCAUUGAGAAAUGUCGUCUUGAAACUGAGGUGUUAAAGAUGAAAGAGCAAUUGUGCGAAGCGAAAAAGGAGAUAGAAAGGCUAUUAUUGGAACAUAAAAGUGAUAUUUCAAGCAAUAAUAGCCCAACUUCAUCAAUAUUCUCAAUGGAACAAUCACAUUUUAAUCUUGGGGAGUUUGGAAUGGAAGAGCAAUUAAUGGAUGAUAAUAUGUUCUUUGUUGCUGAUUAUCAAAGCAAUUAUGUGACUCUUUGGGAUAAUGAGCUAGAAUGGAUUUAAGUUUAUUAUUAUCCUAUAUGUAUGAUAUUAUGAUUAUCCUUGUUUAAGUUUUAAUUGUACAUAAGAAUCAUCACGUAAUGUAUAUACAUCCUUUUUGGUAA